UAGCGAAUCAGCCCGCAGUCCAAGAAGACAGGCGCGUCACGCGACAGUCUCCGCCGCCGACCAAUCAGAGAGCAGCUGCUUUUUUUAAACGUAGUUUGUGCAGCGGAGCCUGGUGAUCGGCGGACAUAACCGAUCCUGAGCUGCCCGUCAGGAUGGCACAGGGCGGAGACGAGUGGGAGCUCUGUAAGGAGAAUGUGCAGCCUCUCCGCCAGGGACGGGCGAUGUCCACUCUGCAGGAAGUGCUCUGCCAGCAAGACAGCGCCAACCAUCAUGCCAUCCAGCAGAAGAAGCAGGCCUUUGAAUUGGAGCUUCGCUUCUACACUGGAGACGACCCUCUGGAUGUGUGGGACAGGUACAUAAAAUGGGCAGAACAAGCGUUUCCUCAGGGCGGUAAAGACAGUAACCUGUCCCCACUGCUGGAGAGAGCCGUCAAGAUAUUCCACCAGGAGCAGAAGUAUUAUGCCGAUCUGCGCUAUCUCAACAUUUGCCUAAAGUUUGCGCGCUUCUGCACCGAGCCGGUCGACUUGUACAGCUAUUUAUACAGCCAAGGGAUCGGCGUUCAGCACGCACAACUCUAUAUCACGUGGGCAGAAGAAUACGAAGCCAGGGACAACUACAAGAAAGCGGAUUCCAUAUUCCAGGACGGCAUCCAGCACCGAGCGGAACCUCUAGAGAAGCUUGAAACUCAUCACAAACAAUUCCAAGCGCGAGUCUCUCGCCAGGUGAUACUAGGAGUUGGCGAGGCGGCUGAUGAAGAGGAUCCUGAAGUCGCCGAUCCUCAGCGCAGUUCCCUGGUAGCCUUAAAAGCCAAAGGAAAGAAUAAAGCCAGAGCCCCAGUGAACCGCGUGGGAGAUGCAGUUAAAUCUCGUAGCCAUGGUGUUCUGAGUGCUCCUCCUCCGCAGCAAAUUCCCAGCCGCGUUGGUUUUGCUGUAUUUGAUGAGAAUUCGGGAGUGCCGGGGUCGGGUGCCACAGCGCCGGUAACGGUGCAACCCUGGGCUGCCUUACCGCCAGCACGAGCCAAAGAAAAUGAACAGAAGGCAGGAACAUGGAACUCUAAGAGGCCAUCCCGAAGCAGUCACCACACCUCAGGCAGCGAGCCUUCUCAGAGCUUCCCCAGCUUUACUCCCUAUGUGGAGGAAAUGGCCCAGCAACAAACAGUAACCCCUUGCAAAAUUAAUCCUUCAAUCAGCAACGUCCUGAGUUCUCGUAAGCCCGGGAAGGAAGAGGAUCCACUGCAACGGCUGCAGAGCAGUUCACAAGGCAAAGAGGAAAUGGUCAUGUACUGUAAGAACAAAGUCUACGCCGGUGUGGAGGAAUUCUCCAUAGAGGAGAUCCGGGCCGAAAUUUAUAUGGCAAAGAUCCGCAAGAAGAGAGAAGAAGAACUCAAAGCCUUCAAUCUUCGUAGACUAGAGAUGGAGAAGCAGAUUGAAGAAAUGGAGAAAAAGCUUAAAGGAAAUUGUCUUAGUAGUCAAGAGACAGACAAGGACCAGCCUGAAGAGUCCAGACAUCUGGCUCCUAAAAACACAGAGGUGGAAGGCGCAUGUGUGGACAGUACGGUUACUGCUUCUGCAAUCCCAAGCACUGGGAUCCUAUUGGGGGCUCAAGACAAUUCUGGCUCUACGGAGUCUUGUCCAGCGCUCUCCUCUUCUUUGCCAUUCACUAUAUUUGAUGAGACCUGCGAAACACAGCCGGACGUUGGCGCUCAGAAUGGCAUGCAUCCUCCCAUACGUCGCCCAAUGGCACCGGUUUCAAGAGCCCUUGAUAAACAAGAUGCCCCACUUACUGACACCCUGGAUGAUAUUGAACACCUAAGUGAAGACGCCAUUGUGACCGGCUCAAACAGAAACAAAACUUUAUUCGCGGACACAGAAGACACAUGUGACUUCAUGAGGGCGGCACAGUUGGCGUCCACCCCCUUCCAGAAGAACAAGGAUAACCAGGAAGGAGGUGAUACCUCCGGCCUGGAGAGGGUGCCCCUUAGAGAGAAGACCCCUGUGUGUGAGAAGUCCUACAGACAAGUGGUGUGCCCCAAAGAGCUGAGUCCCAUUUUAGAAGCCAGCCAAGAAGACACCCGCUCCUCGAUGUCUUCUGUGUCCUCUGUCUCUGCAGGUUCGGCUAGCUUGUUUGCCUCAAAGACUCUGAUCAUCAAGGGGAACCUCGAUCUUGUGUCCCAGAUGUCCGGAGUGUAUGAGCAAGCUUUGGAAGAGGCCACCGGAUUAGACUGCACGAAAUUGCAAAGCAACAUGCUGGAGGCAAUGCCUGAACUAUUGGCAUCGGAAGUGAUCAUUCGGGAGGCCGGGCAGAUGCCAGCCCUGGGUCAGGAGAAGGUGCCGCUGGGUAAUGAAUCCUACCAUCUUAAAAACGAGAUUAUUCUGGGGGAAAGCAACAAAUUGUAUUUGGGGGCCCAAGCGGAUUGUGAGAUGGAAGAUAUGAAAGGCGUGGCAUUAAAGGUGGAUUUGAAACCUCUUCCCUGGGAUUUCUACAUUGUACAGCAGCUGAAGGAGAGACUCGGUGAAGCCUUUCAGACCCAUUUUGUAGAACAGAGUAACUGCUACCUCUUCCAAGAUGGCUGCAUUACACUUUACAGAGACGUCUGUCCCUUCAGUGUCCAAGACAUAAUUCAGGACCCGGAGAUGGUGGUGGAGCAAGUUACUAUCCUGUUCGCCUACAACCUAUUGAGUCUUGUGGAGAAGCUGCACACGGCAGAGAUAGUCCAUGGAGACCUGAGGCCGGAGACUCUACUGCUGGAUACUGGGAUCUUCGAUCUCUCCUCCUGCACCGAGAUGAACAAUUGUUUGAAGCUGAUCGACUUCUCCCACAGCGUGGACAUGAGACUCUGCCCCACAUUGACUGCUAAAGCUUUUCCGGUAGCACAGACAAAACAUGGACAGCAGAUUUUAAGCCCCCAAGCCUCCCCCUACCAGGUGGACAUUCUCGGUAUUGCUGAUGUGGUUCAUUUGAUGAUCUUCAAGAAACCCCUUCAUAUUCAGCAAGAAGAUUCUUUGUGGAAAAUCACGAAAGAGAUUCCAAGGUUCUGCAAUGGAAGUCUAUGGAACACUUUCUUCUCAAAGAUCCUGAACACGACCCACGAGUCCUCGGCAGAAGUACUGAAAGAGCUGAAAGACAAGAUGGCCGAAUUUUUUGACAGCUGUUUCCAGGACGAAGUUUGCACCUACUUCAUCCAGUUGGAAAUGCGGCUUAACCCUUUGUGAUUAUGUCACGCAAACGUUCUUGUCUUUUAUAUGUGUCCUGCUGCUCCUGGGCCUAUUCCCUUUAUCUUCUCGCGUCCAUCCUCUUGUUUAUAUGUUGUAUAGAAUAGAUAUUUAUGCCUCCUUUAUACAUUUUUCUGUACAUUUAAUACAGAGAUUUCUAGUAAACAGUU